GUAACUGAGACGUGAUGGCAACUACUGGGAAUCAUGGACUGUGAUAGUGUGGCCAUUGAAGUUGAAACUUUGCUCCAAUAAAAGACUGUUGCAGCUGAUGGCUUUUCCUUGAUAUCCCAGUACAUUUCAACUUCAUCGCCAUGGGUGUGCAAGAGGACCUCAACGCCCUCAAGAAACAGAGGGGAAUUGCUAAAGGAAAGUUCACCAGGAAGGUAACUCUAUGUAAAGAAGGAAUAGACAGAGGUGAUGAUCUAUUUGUGUUGAAGACUAACUAUGAGGAAGUAAUAGAAGCAUUUAAGUGUUUAGAGUGUAAGAAUGAUGAACUGAUACAAUUUAUAUCUGAUAAUGAGGAUAAAUUAGAAAAUAAAAACCUGGAAGAAGAGGCUGAACAAUAUAUUUUAGAUAGUGAAAGAUUAAAGAAUGAACUGUGUGCUAAGAUAUUCAUGACAAAGAGUGAGGAGAAGGCAACAGACAAACCAAAGGUUAAGGUAAAGAGAUUUGAACCUCCCAAGUUUGAAGGUAAUUUAAGAGAAUAUCCUACAUUUAAAGAGGAUUAUAAGAACUUGGUUCAGAGUGAAUAUGGUACUGAUCCAUAUGCACUCAAAAUGUGUUUAGGUGGGGAGGCACUCCAGACAGUAAAGGGCUCGGAAGGUAAUUACAAUGAAAUGUUUAAGCGGUUGGAUGACAAAUUUGGUAACCCAAGGAAAAUUGUAGACUUGGUGAUAAGUGAUCUCAAAUCUCUGAGGAAGAUAUCAGAUGGUGAUACUAAAGGGUUUAUUAAAAUGGUUGAUCAGGUUGAACAAUGUUGGUUAGAUUUAAAAAGGGUAAAUCUAUCUGAUGAACUCAACACAGCUAAUGUUGUUAGCCAUAUUGAGAAAAUUCUGCCUUCACUACAAAAGAGAGAAUGGGUAAUUAAAGCAAGUGAUAUCUCGGUCACUGGUGAAUUGUUUUCUGAGCUGUUGGGUUUCUUGCAGAAAGAAAGGAAGGUUUUAGAGUAUAUGAAUUCAAAUGUAAGAACUAGUACUAGUGAUUGUAGAGCAACAGUACAUCAUGUUGAAAAUGUGGUCGAAAACAAUUCGGAGUCAGAGUUGGUUAAGCUGAUGAGAAAAUUGAAUGAAGAACAACAGAGCAAGAAUAGAGAAUUUGAGUCAUGCAUUGUAAAGUUGAAUGAAAUGAUAAAGGGUAUUAAAUACAAGGAGAACAAUAUAAGUAUAGGUUGUUUAUUACACAAUUCAGAGAGUCAUGAUAUAACAAAUUGUUUAAAGUUCAAGGACUGUAAUAGCAAAGAAAGAUUUGAUGUGAUUAAGAGGAAUGGUAUAUGUUUUAGGUGUUUAAAGGGAUAUCAUUCAGCACGUGGGUGUAAUGUAGGCAAAUUGUGUGAUGUAGUCAUUGAAGGCCAAGGAUCAUGUAAUCAGAAUCAUCAUCCACUUUUGCAUCAAGACAGAAUAGAAAGCAGUUCUCACAAUGCAGUAAUGGAGAAGAGAGGCAAAGCUUUGUUGAAUAUUAGUACGGUGCAUAGUAAAAAUCUGCCCAUCACUAUAUUGUGGGAUCCGGGUUCAGAUACUUCUUUAAUUACUCAUAGGAUGGCCAAGAAGUUAGGAUUGAGUGGAAAGGAUGUAAAAUUAUCUCUGGUCAAGGUAGGCAACACGAUUGAAUAUCAAUCAAGUAAAACAUACUGUGUACCAUUAACUGAUAAGAAUGGUAAAGUUUGGAAUGUGGAUGCUGUCGGUAUGAAUGAAAUAUCUUCCAAAAUCAAAAGGAUUGAUUUAUCCAGAUUACCUGAACUUUUGUAA